UCCGUCGCAUGAACAAUUCCGAUUUUUCUGGAGUAGCCUAGAAAAAAGAAAAAAAAAAAAAAAAAAAAAACAGAAAACGCAGCAUUUAUUCGUCGAACAACCGCGUUCGAUCGACUGCGGAUUGUUCUCGCGCGUCAAAAUGUGCACGAUCAACGCUAAAUUUAUUCGCCACCCAAACAUAAAUCGUUACAGGAUUCUGGCCCAAGUGCGACGUUUGCAUGCGCUUUCCGCAUAGCGCACUUAUAUACAGUUACUCGUUUUGUUUAUACAGUAAUAGCAAAUGUGAGAUCAAGAUAACACGCUCUCGCUCUAUAUCGCUCUAAGUUUUUUAAGGCGUCGAUUCGAAUAGCACCACCAGGCGCAGUUGCAUGGAAGCCUGAAUAUCGAUUAGCAGCGUGCCAACAACCACCACCACCGCCUUCGUCGUCUACGACUUCAACAUCGUCGUCAGACGCGUAUCGCGUCAUGGAGGAUCUCCUGCUACAAAUCGCCAGAGAAUCUCAAAAUGCUAAACUCUCGAAUUUACGGAAAUCCGCGCAGGAGGCUUGCGAUUUUAUGGAAAAGCAACAAGGGCUCUUACGUGAUCCCCCGCACGAAUUACGAGCCAAAUGUCUUCACACAAUUCAGUUGGCGUUGGAGACAAAAAGAAGCAAGUUCGUAGCAUAUGGAUUAGCUGGAUUGCAUAAAAUGUUGAGGGAUGACAGAUUUCAAUCGCCCUACGAACCUGAGGAUGAUUCACUGUGGCUCCCCGCGCAGAUGUUGCACGCCAUGGGAUCCAUUCUGUCGCAAUCCGACGACACCCAAACCGACAUGCUAAAAGUUUUACUCCAAGUUGCAUGCUCGUCCUACUGGACGAUGAACGGACGACUCAUUAUCGCAAUUCUCACGACGUGUUCCGAGGCUUUUGAGAAUGGAAAUCAAGCCGUCAGGACUGCUGCUCAAGCAGCCACCAGCCAAACAUUGAGAUCGUUCUGCCUCUUCUUAGAUGAGGAAUGUCAGGAAAUGGACGAGAACGCAAAACGCAACAAAAAUCUACGGGAAAGAGGAGUUUCUUGUUUCAACGAGGCUCUGCCGAUACUCCAAUACAUUUGCAGUCGACUGGACGAGGCGCAGAAGAAAAGAUGCGCGAACAACGCACGAAAUGGCAACACCGUAGUCUUCCUUCUCGAGUGUCUUCACACCCUGAUCUCGUCUUUGCCACAGAAAAUUCACACAAACGCACACUUCACGACUUUCCUCUGGCAAAAAUUUUGUCCCGCAUUGAUUGCUUUUCUCGGUACACCACGAGUCGACAAAACCUUCACGUCGCGGGAGGGAAAAGACACGGAAGUUGGAAGAGGCUCGGGCUAUUUGGCAGCCACCCUCAGCUUCGACAGCCAUCAAGCGAAAACGGUUUACUGCAUCGGAACUGAACUCGUAAGACUCGUCGGAUGCGUCGGGCCUCUUCGUCCCGUUCUCGAAUCCGUGUUCCACAGAAUGUUGCUCUACCCACCGCCUCAACAGCGACUGGAAUCGCUCAAAGCGCUUCGUGAACUGUUGCGAAGUCCGAGCCGAAUCGUUGAUUUUGCUGGACCUCUGCUGGUCGAAGACGAACGAAAUAGUCAACCUCAAAGUGACAUGGCGCUGAUGAGGCUAGCAAUGGAUUCCAUCGAAGAGUCAGCGACAGCAGCUCAAACGAUUUUGUUCGCCAGUGUUUCUUGCGUCGUCGCUAUGCUGUCGGCGCUCCAAGAACUCUGUGAAGGAAAAGCUAUAAGUCACAGUUACACUUGUACAAUAAACAGUUUAUACGAGGAUCUCGAGGCUUGUGAUUAUCGCGGUCCGCUGACUUACCAAAGCAUGGCAAGAUUACCGAAAACUUACAGAGAGCAAUUGGAGCUCAUGAAAAAGGGCAGCGGUUCGGAAUCCGACUCUUCCGGACACGGUCCAUCGGAAGACGGUGAUUCAACGGACACCGAAGGCCCGCAGAACGAGUCGGACGAGGUCAACGAGGAAAAUAGUAUAGACGAGAACGAUUAUGCUUUAGAAAACGAGCGAGAACGACUUAGACUUGAAAAAUUGCCAAAGUGCCUUCACGUCGGCAGACAAGUAGCUGAAGAAUGCAACGUCGACGUGGAGCGUCACAAUGCACGAAAAUUCGUAAAGAUUUUGAAAACUGAUCUCAUUCCAAUAAUACUGACACUCAGGAGCAACAUCGAAGUCGAUGAAGCUUUGCAGAAUUUUGCUUCGGAGUAUUGUCAAGGCGUUUUUUUAUCGCAACAAAAGCUCCAGGACGAGGGCGAGACGAACGUUGACUCGUGUGCCUUAAUUACGAUCAUGAACGCUGAUGGGAUUUAUCUCGCUACGUAUGCAGCGCUUUUACUCAAUCUCAAACUCAUAAGAAUGAAUUAUUAUUCAGACGAGAGUCGUCAAGUUCCCAUAAGCGAGGAACAAUUUGUAGAAGAGGUCCACGGGUCCGGCGUGUUAGUUUAUUUAUCAGCGACGUGGCUUUCGGAGCUUUACCAACAAAUCCUCGCCUGCAAUUUGCUAGAAAAGCGUGGCUACAACCCGAAUUCAACGGAGAACAAUGCAUUGGUUAAUAUCCUCGUGGACGUCGACGGUAUCAGCGGCAGCCAAAGGGGUGGACAAUUACUUUCCGAUUAUCGUAGACUCGAAAGAGCCCAAUUAUCGCGGAGUGAACCGACCCCGGAAGCUGAGGCCGGUGCGAAGCUGUCGCGAAGAGUUCUCACUUGCUGUUGGGCCAGUAUGAUAACCGUUCUUACCGCUGGACUCAAUCCAGCGAAGGAAGACUCGAACAAGGGAAUUCUCAAUCGGGAUGGUGCGAGACGAGGAAUCAGAGACACCGUUGUCCUGGCUCUCGAAGGACUUCACAAAGCUGCGACUCUCAGCAACGUUCUGGGCUUGCAAAAUCGGUGCGGAUCGAUUUUCGCACUUCUGGCUAAAGCCGCGUGCACCGAACCCGCAAUUUCCAAACUUCGACGUACGAAAGAUGUACUGAGACUAAAAUUACAGAAUCGAGCAACGAAUAUUCACACUUCGCAUGCUUUGAGCAUGGAAGUUUUGCUGGGACGUGGAUUGGAGCUGGGGAGUCACGGGAGCGAUUGUUGGCCCCAUGUUUUUACUUGUUGCCUUUACGUGAGCAAACUGGAGCACGACUUUUUCGGAAAAAAUCAAAAUCCUUCGAUGCCACGAGUCCAUCAGAAGCGAGAAAAAAAGGAUUCCACGUCGAGCAGCGAUGCCAAAGGGAGUCAAGACAAGCUUAGGUUUAAUUUCAACAUUAUGGACGAAGACGAAACUUGCGUGGACGUGUACAGUUUUUUGUCAACGCCGUACAGUCAGAAUCCUUGUGCCGAUACAAUACCAAAAAUCAUUCAAGAAUCAAACGCCGAUAAUCAGUUCAAUGGAAUACUGCCAGCUGAUUACGCGGCCAAAAUUAUUUGCGUUCUUUCGCAAGAGGUCGACAGACUGUUCGAGAACGCUGCUCUGAAACUCAACCUGCGUGCACUGUGCUUGUUUCUAACCGCACUUUGCAAGGCCAGCAAAGAUCAAUUGUUCAAAACGAGCGAUGGUCGAUCUAAGGAAAGCACCAAAUUUUGGUGGCGUCGAAGCAAACCGAGGGACGACGAAUUGAACGUUUUGCUGCUUUCGAGACUCGGUGAAGUGAUGCUCAAGUGUGUCAAGAGUGGGAGGCCCCUCAUCCAUGUUAUGAGGGUCUGGAGCAUUUUAGGUCCCCAUUUCAUGGAAGCAGCUUGUCACAAGGAUCGUGGCAUUUCGAAAAAAGCGGUUCAAUGCAUUCACGAUUCCAUGGCAGCUUUGUUGAACGAGCAAGUCGAAUUGCCACACUUUCAUUUCAACGAAGCGCUCUUCAAACCGUUCGAGAAUCUUCUGUGCCUCGAACUGUGCGACAGCGAUGUCCAAGAUCAGAUCAUAAGCUGCAUCUGUGAGUUCGUGGAGACGAAUAGAACGGAGAUUCGUUCGGGUUGGCGUCCGUUGUUUGGUGCAUUGCGAGUAGCAUCGGUCGGCAACGUGGAGACCGUGGAGUCGGCGCCGUUGUUGGAGGUUUUUCGAGUCUUCCUCUCGACGGACAAUACGUUGGUGUUCGCGAACGCGGCUCUGGAUUGUAUUCUGUGUCUGCUCCGUCACGUCAGAGGUCCUGGCGAUACGGAGCACAACGUGAACCAGUUGGAAGAGGGCAGCAUUCCCAGCGACGGAUCAGCGGCGACGUCGGACACGAGGAAGAUGCGUCUUUGUUUGGAGAGUUUGAAGUACUUGUUGAAUUGCAGCGACAUACUUUCCUCGAUGUACCAAAUGCCGGGUUGUCCGAUAUUCCAUUCGGCUCAGAGAAUCCAAGUAUCGACGAUUCCCCAGUACGUCGAUCCGGUCAUACCGAAUUCAGAGUUCACGAGAUUCGACAAAAAUUCUGACAGCAUCCAAGAGGUCGUGGCUGACGUAUCGUACGACGCUUUGUCGAGGGUCGAAAAGGCCCAGACGAUAACACUACAGAGCAUGGACAAGCCCAGUGGAAUAUUGAGAGUCUGGUACCUUCUGAUCGAGGGUUUGGCAAGUGCCACUAUGAUUUGUCCGAAGCGUUACCAGCCCCACACGCUGGAAACUCUCUUCCAUUUACUCCGGGACAUCCUGAACGUUCCGGGCCCCGAUUUCGCUUUGUACUGCGUCAAUCAUUUGCUGCUGCCAAUGGUGCAAAACUGGCUGAGAAUAACAUCCAAAAUAAAUCUCGGUUGGGAGAACUUCGCAGCGAAUUUCAAGCAGUGCUGUGGCCUGACGACCGACCUCGUCGUUGAUUAUUUGAACCACCUUCAAGGGCCUGACGUCAAGAGGAGCGAGAAACUCGUUCCGCCCACGACCCUCAUGAUCAAACAGCUUUUUCUCGUGAUGGCCGAGUGCGUCGUCCAACAAACGGAGAGCAUCGCUAGAUUGGGCUGCGCUUGCAUAAGGCACGUACUCGUUUCCAGCGGACCAAUAUUAACACCAGAACAGUGGGAAGUGUGCGGUUUAGCCUGUUAUCGUGCAUGCUCCAACUCACUCCAGGAACUUCAUCAGCUUACGAUGGCUUUCUCACCGAGGUCCGAAUCCUUCUACGGUGAUAUUGCCCAGGUGAAGGUCGCGGCUCGUCGUGACGCCACGCCCGAGGAGACCGAAAGAUUACGUCAGUUGUCGGCCCAGGUUUUCCUACUCGCUGAACAGCGCACCGACGAUCCCAACAAAUCUACUGCUGACGAACGAUCUUACGUCUUCCUUUUGUACCCACCGUCAAUCGCUACCACUCUAAAUCCCGAUUUAUACAUCGUCAAGGUCCAGCUCAAAGCCCUCGUCGUAGGACUCCUCGUUCAUCAGAUGCUUUUACAUUGCAUCGCAAGCAUUUUACUCCAGGGCACCGAUUCACUUAAAACUAGUUUGGGUCAAACGAUUCUAAAACCAGCGAAUUCGCCAACGACGAACGACAGCCCGAAUUUUGACAACGUUCCUCGCUUAUCGUCGCGUCACGUGGACAUAUUUCUGGCAGCUCUGGAUCGUUCAGCCGCGGCAGCCCACAGGUUUGACUCCCGUCCCGGGCUCAAGUUUUUACUCCAAAAAGUGGCGAACCUCGAGCAGCCAGCAAAUUUGUAUCGACAGGCUGGUGCUGCGUGGAGCAUUAAAAUCGUAACGUUGUUCGAGCUGUGCCUCGAAGAGCUUUCGAAGAGCAAAGUGGAUCUGGAGUCGGUGAAGAAAGUGAUCAAUUCCAGCGACAAAGUCGAUUCCUCGGUCGAUCGAAACCUGGUGAAACGGUUGAAACAGUUGAAAACGACUUUCGACGACUUGUGCGAAACUUACGUCGAGAUCGUGAUCGAUCGCGAUGGCAAACACUGCAUGGUCGACAUAUUUGCGGAAAAAAAGAUGUUCCUCCUCAUCGCACAACCCGACGAUUUUCCUGUCAUCACGAUCAAAGAAUCGACGAAUGAGACGUCGAACGACUCCGAAUUUGGGAGAAACAAGCCGCAGUACGAUUCGGCGAGCUUCAAAUCGCUCGACGAAGCGAUCGAUGAGCGGAAGGAAAACGACGAUGCGGCGAGCCUCGACUCAAGAAUCAACGAUCCCUACGUCGGACCCUCGAGACCUUUGAGCGUGUACGAUUUCGGGGUCGAAUACUCGACCGAUUCGGGGCCGGAGUCGGAGGCUGAAAUCGACGAGAAUUCUUCGAGACCUCCAUCGCGUUUAGGCUUUUCCGAGAGGAAAAAAAUAGUCUGCGAAUCGGGAAGAACGUCGCGAGAAGACGGCGCCAGUACUGGUCAAAGUUUCGAAUCCCCCGAGCUGAUUCGGGCCAGUUCAAGCUCCAUGGAAAAGAUCAACGUCGAUGAGACGAGACCUUACAGUCGAGAAACUAUCGACGACGAUGCUGAAGUGAGAGAAGUGUUUUCGGGCUCGCGAACGAGAACCAAGUCCAGACGAAAGAGCGAACACGUUUUACUCUCCCAACGAAACUCACUGAAAUUUUUGAUCGCCAAGGACGAUUGUUAUUCGGACGAUCCUGAAGGUUACAAAGUAUUGAGAUCAAGAUCGCUCAUGGAUCUUCAAAGAUCUUGCGAUUUUUCGAUUGGAGAAAGGUCCAACAGAUUGGGAACGAAUUUUUCUCACGGCGACAUCGUUUUGGACGAUGAAAGAUCGUUCCGAACUCCUUCCGACUUGUCCGAAUCAGGGGAAGCUUGCUCCCGUUUGAGAAGCCGUUUUUUGAGCAGCAGCGAAGUUUACGCUUCGAAAUUCAACGAUUUUUCAAAUUUCAAUCGAUUUUACGGGCACGCUGAAUCACCGCGAACUUGCUCAAUGUCCUCAGACAACGAAGCUCUCAAUUUGUCGAUGGUAGAAAGAACACGAUCUCGAUUUCUCACCGACCACUCGAGCUGCGAUCGCAUCGUCGAACACUUCGACUCCUCGAGAAGCACCUCGAACUUGUCGGGGACAGUCCCAUCGGAAAUCAAUCAAGAACCAGAGCUCUUCAAUGACGCUAACAACAUGGAAGAACUUCUGAAAGAUUACGAACGUACCAAACGAGGCUUUCGAACGAACCCUUUUCUUCAGGACGUCGGAGAGGAACGCAACCACGACGAACACCGCUCUUUGAAUCAACGCGGAGAUUCCCAGAGCCGAAAUGCCGUUGGAAAAGAUAGCGAAGCGCACAGGAAAGCUUGGGCUGAAACUCUCAGCACUGCACUCGAAUGGGCGCUCGCUCUGCCGGACGACAAACUGGCGCCUCUUCUUCCGGUCCUCGUCGAUGGGAUAAGAAACCUGACGAAAUACGCCGUAGAUCCGUUGCUGAAACAAAAACUUGCGGCAAUUUUCCAUCGAGUCGUCGUCAUUUACGGUUUGACGAGUAAUUAAAAACCAAAAUUUUUCAAUUGAAAAAAUCGUGAUCUCAAUUAUUGAAGAACGAUCAUUUUUCACUACGAACUACGCAUUCAAAACUUCCUAAAGAAGAUCGACACGUUAAAUUAUUAUUCGUCGAAUGUGUUGCUCAAUUAUCGUGAUGUUUCCUUUGCGGGGGCACAUUUCGUCAUCCCCCAAUUGAGUGAACUGCGAUUUUUUAUAUGUUCAAUUAAGAGGAGUUUGAAAAAAUCGAAUUUGAGUUUAACGAAUUCGUCAGCUGUUUCAAUUUCUUUUUAGUCAUAAGUUGAGCGCUUUGCUUGAUCCUUUCACUUUCCCAAACACGAUUCAUAAACAGCAAAACACUAAUUUUGUUAGCAACGGUACAAACGAGUGGAGCAUCGUGUCGGAUUUGAAAAAACGCUUCGAGUUAAUCAAAACAGUUUUCGACCAUUGAUCAAAAUAAUUUAACGUGCCAAUCUCGAAUCCCAAUGAAAGAAAAAAUCUUUUCAACCACGAAGAAAUUUUACCGAUAACGAAAAAAUUUCGGAAAGAGCAGAUAGAACGCGCAGUACAAAAGAAAAAAAAUGUUUUGAAAACAAAUAUUUGCAGAGUUUGAAAAUGAGCAGUCCGUUAUCGACAGUUUAAUCCCCACCGAUGGAUGUGCAGGUGAAAUAUAAGCAUGAUAUUAUCGUGUACGAAUAUUAAAAUGCUGAAUUACAAUAAAUGUACACUCGUUGUAAUAUAUUAAUAAGAAUGUGCUAUGUAUAAAUACAUAUUAUUUUUCGAAAGCGUCGUUCUUCGAGUAGAGCAUGGAGCAAGCAUUAGACAUGUUAGAAAAAAAGAGAAAAGAAGAAAAGAACAAAAGUGAUGAUAAAAUAUUGAACAAUAACCGUGUAUUAUAUUCUGCUGACAAUGAAUAACUGAAAAAAUCCUCGAAUCGAAA